AUGAAUAUAGAAUUGUCAAAUAAAACGGUUAUUAGAUAUUCUAUUAAAGGUAUAGGUGUUAUAGGGUGUCAAGAUGAAUCAUUGGUUACUCCAAGUAUCAAAUUUUUAGCAAGAAUUUUAGAAUUUAAAAGUGAAAACUAUCAAUAUACAAAGAAGGUUUGUUUUCAUUCUCUUAGUAGAAUAGGGAGAAGAUACCCAGUUUAUCAAUCGCUCUUGCUAGCUCUCUUUGAAAAGUAUUUUAUGUCACCAAACUCGUCAAUCGAUGUUAUUUCCUCAAUUUUAUUAGCAUAUGCACGUCUUUCCCAAACCAAUUCCCAAAUUAGAGCAAUGUGCAUGAAAAGGUGGCUUGAAGCAAUUGAGUCUCCAGUUUCACAUUCAAAAUCUGCUGGUAUUUUAUCAUUAGGGUAUGCUUCAUGCCCAACUGGUAAUAUUGUCAAUGAUAAAAACAUUGAAUCUUUAUGUUAUAGUAAAUCAAUAGAAUGUUUACAAUUCCAUAAAGUUUAUGAAGUCAUUGAAGAUGAACAGAAUGAUCCUUGGAAAAUGGAAAAUGUGUACCAAGUUCAAGUAUCGGCAUGUAAAGCUUUGGGAUUAUUAGCAAGAUCAAACACAACCGAAUGGUUACCUAAAAUUUCAAAAAUAUUUAAAACGAUUCUUAGUAGCACCAGAUAUGCAGGUCCAGUAAAAGCUCAAGUACUUUUAAACUAUGGUCAAAUUUCCUACUAUUUAAAUACCAGCUCACCAUUUUUCACUCCACUAAAAGUUCUAUUAUUUGAAUUAAGUGCCGAUGAUAAUAGUUUAAUCUCUGUUCCAAGUUGCCAAUCGUUAACAAAGUUUGCACUAUCUCAUGAUAGUAACUACUCUGAAGUUAAGCAAAUCCUUCGUUCAAAAUUACCAAAUAUAAAAGUAGCUAAACAAGACCAAAUUGAAAUGUAUUUAAAAACAUGGUGUAAAUUAAUCUCUAAAAACUAUCGUCCAAUCCUUAAUCAGUGCUCAUCUAUUAUUAGUCCAUUAUAUUCAGAUCUAUAUGACCCAAAGUCUCAGCUUUCAAACCAACUAUCACUCUUAAAGAAUAGGCCAGCAAUAGAACCCAAUCAAACCAAUCCCACAAACCUGCAUUUGUUUGACAAUGCUUUCAAUGACUACCAACAGCUGGUAUCGAUUUGUAAAUGCUUUUCAAUGGUUGUCAUUCAAGCAAUUUUAGCACUUUUCAAGAAAGCCUCAUUAAUUGAUCAUGUACCAUAUAGAAAAGCAUUAAAGGAAAAAAUUAUUCAACAAAAAUUAAAAGGUUUUUCCUCAACUAGUAACGAAAACUAUGAUGAAGCAUUAAAAGAACUAAGCUCCGAUCCAAUAAAAAGAGAGGUUUUUUUAUCAGUUAUUAAUAGCCCUGAUCAAUUAAUGGACAACCAAAUAUUUUUUCAAAAAAUUAAACAAUAUCAUCAAAAAUUUAACUCAUCAUCUCAAAAAACUGAUACAAAACCUGUUGAUCCCAGAUUGGAAAAGAAAAAUUUAUUUAAACCAUUACCACUUAUAGGCCAACCAACCACCUCCACUACUUCCACAACAACAUCAACAACUAGCACUACAGAAUCUUCUAAAAAUGUUGAAUCUUCAAAUAUAACCACCUUAUCACCAACAGGCACUCCCGUUAAAAACAAAACUUCAAAACCAGUAAAAAUUGAAGCCUCUCCAAUUUCUGCAAUGCUAGCCGCCACCAACUCUCAAGAUGAAAACAAUAAAUCUGGAGAGAAAAAAAAAAGCUUAUUUGCACCAUUACCACUAAUUACUCCCCCAAAACCUCCUGGCUUGGUCUCAAAUGAUAUUAACUCGCCAUCACCAACACCCUCAUCAAGUGUAAAUAAUGCCCAAACCAUUACAACAGAUUCUUUACAAUCAAAUACUAGAUCACCAUCACCACCAUUAUUAAUGGCUGAUAACAAUAAUAGUGCUAAUAAUAAUAAUAAUUUAAUUAAAAAAGCAAUCGAAAAUCAAGAUAAUAUUAAUAGCAAGCAAAUCACCGCGGCACCAGUUAUGGCAACAGGUCAGGACUCAACAACACCAACAAACCCAAUACCACAACCCACACCAAAUAUAUCUAAAAAGACCCCAGCAUCACCUACACCAUCGGCAACUGAAGCAACAAAAAGCUCAACAACUGUGUUACCAACACCCCCUAUUCAAAAAACACCGCCACAACCAACAUCACCACCAAUCAAAAAAAGUUUAUUUUCACCAUUACCACCAAUUUCCUCAUCACCAAAACAGUCACCCACCGAAACAACCCCAUCACCACCAAUUGUGUCACAACCAACGACAAACAUAUCACCAUCAAUCAUCAAAAAAAGUCCAUUAAAACCCUUGCCAUUAAUCUCCUCAACAACUCCGUCCACCUCCACACCACCAAGCACUACAACCAUAACACCAUCUAAUCAUCCAUUAAAGAGACCAAAUGUUGAAAUUUAUCAACUACCACCAACUAUUAAAAAGACAGCAUCAACAUCUACCACUACAUCCAAAAAUCUUUCACUUGGUGCCAAACUAAUGGGUAAUUGGCAACAACCACCACAAAUAACAAAAAAACCACCAAGUCCAUUUAAACCAUUACCAUUAAUCCAACCCAACAACUCUAUACCUACUACUACCACAUUAACACCCAAUAGAUCGAAUCUUAACAUUUCAAAUGAUCCUAUUCCAAAAGAAAACCCAAACAAAAUGGAAAUUGAAAAACCAAUACAAUCACAAAAACAAUUUAAUAAUGAACCAUUAAUUACCAAUAGAGAUAACUUAAAUUAUAGCGAGAACGAAAGCAAUGAAGAAGAUGAUAGCAAUGUAGAAGAUGACGAUGACGAUGAACUAAUGAUUGACGAUGGUGGUAACGGUAUAAGCAUUGAACAACCAGAUACGACAUCAUUUAUUAAAAAAAGAAAAACAAAUACACUUAUUCUUCCAGACUCUGAUGAUGAAUCAACAACAGUACAAGGCAAUCAUCAACAACAACAAAAUGAAUAUCAAUCAUCAGAAUCAGGUGAAUCAAAGGAUAUCAAUAAGAAAAAUAUGAAAAUGAAAAUGAAACAACAAAAUCAACAACAUCAACAUCAACAACAACAACAAAAACAAAAACAACAACAAAAACAACAGCAAAAACAACAGCAACAACAAAAACAACAACAACAAAAACAACAAAAACCAAAAGCUAAAAGAGAAAGAGAAAGAGAAAAAGAAAGAGAUUUAGAUACAACAAAUUCAGAGAAAAAAGAAAAGAAAUUAAAAACCAAUCCAACCACUGUAAACUUUGAAGAAACCAUACUUUAUCAAGAUGUCGACUUUUCCAAAUCUAAAAACCUACCAGCAAUAUGCUCUUUUUACAAAAUUGGUAUGUGUAAAAAAGGAACAGAGUGUACCUUUCUUCAUGAAGGACCAGUUGAAAUACGUAAACCAACUGAACUAUGCAAAUUCUUUAAAACUGGAAAUUGUGUUAGAGGUGCAAACUGUACUUUUUCCCACGAUCUCACUAUGGAACCUUGUAAAUUUUAUAACUCUCCCUCUGGCUGCACCAACACUGAAUGUCAAUAUGGUCACCGUUUAAUUACACCACCUUUGAACCCAUCCACCUCCCCUGUGCAACUUUCAAACUCACCAGUACUUUUAUCAACGAAUUUAAAUAUUGACCAUCAACAACAGCAAUUACAACAACAGCAAUUACAACAACAAUCAAAUCCCAAAUUAUUUGGUGUUUCUUUUCAAAUAGAUAAUAAUAAUCAAUAUUUCCACCAACAAAACUCACCCCCACAAUUACCUAGCCAAUUGCCUCAACUUCCUCAAUAA